AUGCAUGUCUUAUCACUGCUCCAUCUCAUCCCUUUCCUACCAUGCCUAGUGGUAGGCGCAGAGCAAGUGCCUUUGAUGGAAAAGGCGGCAGGAUGGCUUGAUAAAGCUAAGAGCUACAUACCCAACAGUGGGCCCGUUGAAGCUGGUGCCGCCGUUGUCGCCGACCAAAGAGUUGAGCGUAUCAAUAUCCGAAAUUGGCAGCGCAAGCUCUCUCCAAAGCUUGACACUGAGGAGGAAUGGAUGAUCUACGUGACUGGUGGAAAUAAGAGUUGCUACGGUCGAUGUGGACACGCUGAUGCGACUUGGAAUUUGUCUGUUCCUCUGCUCGUCCCCUUGCAAGCAGCCUCAUCAAAACCUCUACAUCUGGGCAUUCUCGAUUGUGAAAAGGAAGAGGUCGUGUGCACUGCAUGGGGAACCGCCCUCCCAUCGAUAUACCACUUCAGCGUCCCCAAAAAAUCUGAGCCACAAGCUAAGGUUCCUCUCCAUAUUGUUCCACUCAACCUGUCAUCUGUCACUACAGCCGAUAUAAUCUCCAUCCCAUCGGCCAGCAAGUCACGGUACCUAGACUUCGCAGAAUAUGAGGGAGCAGUGCACCCGUUUGACGGCUGGCUGGCGCAAUUCAACCUCCUGAUACCUUUCGGGUACGUCAUGUGGGGUUUCGGUAGCACGCCCAGCUGGUUGAUGAUGAUCGGUAUCUCCUUUAUAUCUAGACAGAUCAUGAGCAGGAGAAUGGGCGGAGCAUCAGGAAUCCCAACCACAGGCGGUACCGCCCCCCCUCCACCUCAACAGGCCCAAACACCCUCCCGGCCUGCAGCUGGCACACCUAAGUCUGGCGGCUCGAAGAAGAGAAGGUGA